UACACGGGUGAACAAAAACCUCCCCCUCCACUCCCCUCCCCGUGAGCGGCGCUGUGCUCAGCCCGAGACCGCGAGGGGAGCAGCGGGGCCUCUGGGCCCGUCCCAGCGCCGAGAGGCUGCUUUAAGUGGCCGCCGCCACUGCCCGCCGUUCCCCUCAGCCUCUACAGCCAGCGGAAGAGAAUGGCCCAAGCUACGGUAGCAGCAACGUCUGUGCAUGAUGAAGACCCAUCUGAAAGCAGGAUGGUGGUCACGUUCCUCGUGUCAGCACUGGAGUCCAUGUGUAAAGAACUUGCCAAGUCCAAGGCAGAAGUUGCCUGCAUCGCUGUCUAUGAAACAGACGUCUUUGUAGUUGGAACUGAGAGGGGAAGAGCCUUUGUUGAUUCCAGGAAAGAUUUUCAGAAGGAUUUUGUUAAAUACUGUGUUGUAGAAGGGGAGAGGGCUGCAGAGCUGCAGGAAACGAAGUAUGUACCACCUGCCAACAGGCUGACAGUGGAUGCUGUGGAACUGGAAGCUCUCAGGAAGUCUGUAGAGGACUACUUCUGCUUUUGCUAUGGUAAAGCUUUAGGAAAGUCAACGGUGGUCCCAGUGCCGUAUGAGAAGAUUCAGAGAGACCAAUCUGCUGUGGUGGUGCAGGGCCUGCCCAAGGGGCUUGCGUUCAUGCAUCCGGAAAAUUACGAUGUUUCAACCCUGAAGUGGAUUUUGGAAAACAAGUCGGGGAUCUCAUUUAUCAUCAAAAGGCCUUUCCUAGAGCUGAAGAAAGAGUUAGGAGCUCAUGUGACAGAUCCUUCACAAUCAAUUAUACCUCCAGGUGGAAGUUGCCUUCCUGUUCAAGUGAAAACGGAGCCUAGUGAGGAUCCUGGAAUUCCUUUGGAAAUGUCAACAGUGACAGUGAAGGAAGAAUCAGAGGAUCCUGAUUACUAUCAGUACAAUAUUCAAGGAGGCCCUUCUGAAACAUCAGAGAUGGAUGAAAGAAUUGCUCUGGCCAAAAGCUACACAGAUUCCUCCCAGCAUCCUCCUUCAGAAACACGUGAGGAUCCCGAGGUCGAGGUCACCCUGGAAGAUGAUGAAGACUACUUGCCCCCUAACAAGAGAUCUAAGAACACUGAGGCAGCACCUGAAGCUGCCAGUACUGGGAAAAGAAAAGCGAGAGAGUUCAAUUUUGAUAAAUGGAACGCACGAAUUACAGACUUGAGAAGGCAAGUUGAAGAACUGUUUGAGAAAAAAUAUGCUCAGGCCAUAAAAGCAAAGGGCCCCGUGUCCGUCCCGUACGCCCUCUUCCAGUCCCACAUGGAAGACCUCUAUGUGGAAGGCCUGCCGGAGGGCAUUCCCUUCAGACGGCCGUCCACGUACGGCAUUCCUCGUCUGGAGAGGAUUCUCGUAGCGAAGGAGCGGAUCCGCUUUGUGAUUAAAAAGCACGAGCUUUUGAAUUCAACUCAAGAAGAUGCACCAGUGGACAAACCAGCUGCAGGAGUGAAGGAGGAGUGGUAUGCCAAAAUCAACAAACUGAGAAAGGCGGUAGAUCAGCUCUUCUGUAAGAAGUUUGCUGAGGCCUUGGGGAGCACUGAGCCUAAAGCUGUUCCAUACCAGAAAUUCGAGGUCCAUUCUGCUGACCUCUACGUUGAAGGUCUACCUGAGAACAUUCCUUUUAGGAGUCCAUCCUGGUAUGGGAUCCCUCGCCUCGAAAAAAUAAUUCAAGUGGGCAACAGAAUAAAAUUUGUAAUCAAAAGGCCAGAGCUGCUAACUCUCAGUUCACCUGAAGUUACUCAACCUGGGACAGACACACCAGGCAAGACAGCCAAAGAAGAUUGGAAUGUCAGGAUCACAAAGCUAAGAAAGCAAGUAGAAGAGAUAUUUAAUAUGAAAUUUGCUUCAGCUCUGGGGCUUUCAGAGGCAGUGAAAGUUCCCUAUCCUGUAUUUGAAUCAAACCCUGAGUACUUGUAUGUGGAAGGCUUGCCAGAAGGAAUUCCCUUCCGGAGUCCCACGUGGUUUGGGAUUCCACGCCUGGAAAGAAUUGUCCGUGGGAGCAACAAGAUCAAAUUUGUUGUUAAGAAGCCUGAGCUUGUCGCCUCCUAUUUGCCAUCAAGACUGGCUAGUCAAUUAAACACUAAAGCAGCAAAUCCAAAGAGUUCGAAGAGGUUACAAAGUCCUGCAAGCAAUUUACAGGUUCCAGAGAUAGAAGUUACUGUUGAAGAAGGUCCUAAUAAAGCACAAACAGCAGAUGUUCAAACCAAUUCUCAAACCAAUGGGUCCAGUCUGAGUUUCAAGCCAAGAGGAAGAGAUUUUUCUUUUGAGGCGUGGAAUGCCAAAAUCACUGAUCUGAAGCAGAAAGUUGAGAAUCUUUUUAAUGAAAAAUGUGGGGAAGCACUGGGGCUGAGUGAGCCAGUGAAGGUACCGUUUGCGUUGUUUGAAUCCUUCCCAGAGGUUUUCUAUGUGGAAGGCCUACCAGAUGGAGUGCCCUUCCGACGACCUUCUACCUUUGGAAUUCCGAGGCUAGAGAAGAUUCUGAGAAACAAAUCUAAGAUAAAAUUCGUUAUUAAAAAACCUGAGAUGUUUGAGGCGGCGGUGAAGGAGAGUUCUGCUACAAGUCCCCAGAGAAAAAAUAAUCCAUCUAAUACAGCCAAUACAGCAAGCACCACAGCAAAUACAGCAGUGAACACAGCAGCAGGAGUUGAAGAUCUUAACAUCAUUCAAGUAACUUUGCUAGAGGAUGAAAGUGAAAGACUUUCAAAGGUAGAGAAGGCCAGACAACUGAGAGAGCAAGUGAAUGAUCUCUUCAGCAGGAAAUUUGGUGAAGCCAUCGGCAUGAAUUUCCCUGUGAAAGUCCCAUACAGAAAAAUCACAAUCAACCCCGGCUGCGUGGUGGUGGAUGGGAUGCCUCCUGGAGUGUCAUUUAAAGCUCCCAGUUACCUGGAGAUCAGCUCCAUGAGGAAGAUUUUGGAGUCAUCGGAGUUCAUCAAAUUUACUGUCAUCCGACCAUUUCCAGGACUUGUGAUGAACAACCAGCUAAUGGAGAAAACUGAAGCAGAAGCAGCACCAACAGCAGCAGCAGCACCCACAGUACCAGAGCCAGCUGAACCCAGGCAAACAGAGCUAUCUUCAGGAGAUGUUACAGAAACAGAAGAAAGUUGUCAAAUAAAGCAAGAACCAGAGCCAACGUGGUAGAGCUCAUCACUACUGCGCCAGAAGCACCCAGAGCUGAGAAGAGCUUGCCAGGACUGUGCUGAGCUGUGUGAUGUAACUAUGAGAGAAGUACCUUCUGUACAAACCCUUUUGUACUUUGAGAUAGAAAUGUCUACUUUUUCAGCAGUUCUGUGAAUUGACUUAAUGUGAAGAAUGACUGCAGGUUUGGAAUGGCUGGUUUUGCUCUGGAAUAUAUGAUAAGGACUGAAUUUGUUGCAGCAAUACUGGGGAGAUGAUAAGGAUUCAAACGAACAGGGACUUAACAGAGGCCAUCUACAUUUCCCAAUGAAGCUGAAUUCCACUGUGCCUGAAUAUAUCUCAGCUUCUGUAAUGAAGAAACAGUGCAAGUAGCUCAGUUUGUUAGUUUCACUUUGGAGAAAGCAGAUCACUGAUUUUUUUUUUUUGGUUCUUGCUCCUUUCAUGGCUGAUUGGUCGAUGGUAUGUGUAUAUUUGCACUAAUUUUUCCUCCAUCUGCCACAACUCAUCUGUUUCUCAUAAAUAAAAGGUAAACUGGUUCACUUGACUGUUAGUAUGCACUAAUGAGAUGGGCAGUAUAUCAGUUUGUGGACUAGGAACCCUUUUAAAUUUAAUCCUUUUAUAGUUUGCUCCAUUAAUUGAAAGUAAUAAGUGCAUGUUUUAUCAGAGUAUCACGUGGGAUUUGUAUGAUGGGUCUGCUCUGGCAGCCCUAAUUUAGGCAAAACAGAGUGAGGUUUUUCUCCUGCAGGCUGUGGGUAAUGCCCUGCUGUUCAUCCAGAGCUACCUACAGAAUCCUGCAUCACAAGCUGCUGUAAGCCCUCAUGUCUCAGAACUUAAAUCUCCCAUAGUCCUGUUUAUGCCCCACAUCAUGUGAGAGUCUCAUGUAUUCAUUUCUUGAAGUUUCACAACCCAUGAGAGUUGUAACAUUCUGGCUCCAGGAGGUUGGGAUGACUGCAUGAUGCACAAAUGCUCGACCUUAUUCCCUCAUUAAGAAAUAAAGAUAUUUCUGAUGGUUU